AUGGCGGCAGAAGAGACGGAAGGUCUUGGGUCCAAGGGCUGGCGUGUAAGACUUGCAAUGUCGAGACUUCCUGGAGAGCCCCUGGCGCUGGUGCUACGUUGCCACAAACAGGCAUCAUUAAACGCGCUGCCGGCGAAGGAUGCCCUGAGGCUUCUUUUGGAGCCUUGCCGUAUCGCUUCGGAGCUGCUGGCGCAGCUGGGGCCGGCUUUGCAAGAGCUCUCACGGGUCGUCUACCACCGCGACGUAAAUCCGAGAAAUAUCUUGGUGGAUCACGUCAGCUCACCAGGACGGACCAGCUUUGGCCUAGUGGAUUUCGGCAUGGCAGUUGACACCCAGAAGUGGCUUGGAGGCUCCAAGGAGGAGGAUGGGGCCUGGAGGCAUGUGGAAGUCAGUGGAGAUUGCCGCUAUUGGCCAUUGUCAUCAUGGAUAAUGUUCAUGCGCGGUCCACAGGACCUGCGCCCAGGGUCUGUACUACGGGCAGAAUACCAGACUGGACUUGAUCUGCAUGCGCUGGGUAUUACUGCGUUGCAGGUCCUGAUGGAGAUGUCGCCGGUACUUCCUGCCGACUUGGUGGGCUCAGCGGAGCAUCGCCAAUUCCUGCACACAUUCCGGAGCCUUCAAAAUGCGUGGUAUCGCUACUGGGAAGAUGUUUCGACUUUCUGGAGUUCCUUGAUGAACUGCUUCUCCAGCGGGGGAAAUUGGAUGGUUUUGAAAACCUCCUGCAUACAGAGCGGCUUGGACAAAGUUCUGAGUGGACGUCUAUCUGACCUAAGGAGUACUCUGGAAGAGAUGGGGCUUGCAUCAACACACCUUGCAGAGGUGGACGGCAAGAGUGAACCCAUGGUCUUGCUUGUUCGAACCUUGCUGACUCUACUCAGCAACGCAGAUCAAACGAGCGGGGUGCAACAAAGGCCGUCAGAACUGCCAACACAGCCAAGGCAGCAAGCCCGGAUGUUGUCCCGGCAUAUUGUUCAGAAUGGCCAUUCGCCUCUUGAGCCGCAGCCGUUGCAGAUUCCGCAUGGGAUGCCGCCACAGCAACAAGUUCUGGGUGCACAGCUCAAGCCGCAACCGGCAUUUCAGCAAAGAGAAGGAUGGCGGCAGGCCUGGAGCUAUGACGACGUUACAAAUCCCAAGGAACCGUUCCGGAGCACCGACAGAAAUUCUAUGCGACGGUCCCAGUUCGAAGCCAAGCUUGACACACGCACACCCAGAUCUUCCUUGACCCAAUCAUUGACUAGUACCGGUGCUUCCGUGACGGUUCGCUGCACCACAUCCAGCAUAGAACCCUCAAAUCCCUCAAUUGGUGCUCCGGCCUUGGUGCCGCGACAGCGAUCAGCAUCUCCACUCCUGAGAAGGCCCUGCAAAGCCGCUGCGUCUGCUGCCCAGUCGUCGCCGUAUACGGGGCCAGUUUGGACGAAUGUAUUGCAGGAAAGUGUCCGCAAUGCUGUGACUGGCUAUGUUGCUGGUUCAGUGAUGGACAACUGGAGUGGUGUUCCUUCGAAAGUUUCCGGCACAGCUUGGUCCUUGCAGGGCAGGGCCAAUCCGGGUGCUGCUUAUUCCGGCGAAGCUCCUUUCAGAAGUCUUUGA